CAAUACUUGAAUUACAAUCAGAACUCUCAGAACUCAAAGCUACUGCUCAAGACCCAAACUGCUGGCUGCUCUCAAAAGAAGAGAAACGCUGCUCAAAUUCAAAACUUCACUGAAGAGUGAAGAUCGAAGGUCAAAAAUUUCAGGGGGUUUUACUCUCUAUUUGACAUGUGAAUUCCUAUAUUGGAAAGGUAACACGAUAAGUAUUGAGCAAUUUUGAUUUUGGACGUGAGGAGUUGAUGGUUUAGAGUACUUUUCAAGUUUCUGCUAUGGAAGCUGCCAUUCUCAGCUCUUACACACCGCUUUCCACAACGGCGGACUUCAGGAUUCGAGCAGGAAAGUUUGCUGGAUGUGAUCUCCAUUUCUGUAAUUUGUCAUUGAACAGAACACACAUUCCUCUUAAGUUAAAAUUUUCUGAAUCGAGUAGAAGGCACUUCUCUUUACGGAAGGGGCUGAUAUUCCCUAAUGGAAGGAAAGAAUUAUCUAGCUAUUUCACUCAUCAACUUUCAAGCGACUAUUCAAGUAUCAGGGCAGCAGCAGCAGCAGGAGAAACACUGCAUUAUGGACAGUCUUCAUCAAUGAGUGAAGAUGAGGAAGUGUCACCAACAUCUAUAGAUGCCAACAACUUUGUUUCCUUGCAGCCUAAGCAGAAGCAAUUUAGAAAUAGAUUCUUGCACUUUGUGAGACUGGGCUCCGUCUUUGAUAAUGCUGCUGAAUCUUUUUUCAAGAGUGAGAUAAGGAGAAGGCUGUUUGUGACUGCCAUCUUAAUUGUCAUUAGUCGUAUAGGAUAUUUCAUUCCUCUUCCAGGAUUUGACAGGAGGCUGAUUCCACAAGAUUAUCUCAGUUUUGUCUCGGGAUCUGUUGAUCAACUUGGUGAUUCCACUCCAGAACUUAAACUCUCUCUUUUCCAACUUGGGGUCAGUCCUCAGAUUGCGGCGUCCAUUCUUAUGCAGGUAUUAUGUCAAGUUCUUCCUUCUUUAGUGAAGCUGAGAAAAGAGGGUUUAGACGGGCAUGAGAAGAUCAAAAGUUAUAUAUGGUGGAUCUCGUUUGGUUUUGCAAUUUUGGAGGCUCUUAUUCUCUCUUAUUACUCACUUCCAUAUUCGAUAUAUGCUGCCAAUCAUAGGGUUAAGCAUGUAUUGAUGACUACGUCCCUUUUAGUUUAUGGUGCAAUGACUAUGUCAUGGAUUUGCGACAAAAUAACAGAGUCUGGAUUUGGUCAAGGAUCAACUUUGAUUAUUUGUGUGGGCAUUUUGACUGGCUACACAGAUACAUUGCAGAAAAUGUUAACUCAAAUAGCAGGUAGUAGCGGGAGUUGGUGGCCUUAUGUACUUGCGGUACUAGGUGUUUUUACUCUUGUUACAAUGUGGGCUGUCGUCGUGAGUGAAGGAUGCCGAAAAGUUAAGCUGCAGUAUUAUGGUUUUAAAGUUGCUUCUGCUGCGAGAAAAGAUUCUCCAGUUCCAGAGGUGGAGCCCUAUAUACCAUUCAACAUAAAUCCCGCAGGAAUGCAGCCUAUCCUUGUUACCUCUUAUCUGUUGGCACUUCCCGGCAUCCUUGCAAGUCUUCUUGGUUCAAGGUUUUGGGAACACGUCAGAGACAUUUUGAAUCCCGACACUUCUCAUGGGGCAGAUCCGUGGGUUUACUAUACAGUUUAUGCUUUCUUUGUCUUCCUCUUUAACAUAUUUGACAUUGCCAACAUGCCAAAAGAAAUUGCUGAUUACUUAAACAAGAUAGGCGCUAGAAUUCCUAGCAUAAAGCCUGGAAAAGCCACAAUUGCAUAUUUGACAAAGAUCCAAGCUUCAACACGGUUCUGGGGUGGGCUAUUAUUAAGUGUUUUGGCCACCACAUCUACCAUUCUAGAUCACUAUUUGCGUCGCAUCAAUGAAGGUUAUGCAAUAGGAUUGACAUCAGUGCUAAUAAUUGUGGGUUCAAUUAUUGAAUUGAGAAGAUCGUAUCAAGCAUAUAAUGUAAUGCCAAGUUUAAGUAAAGCUUUGAAGCGUUAUGGUGUAUGAGAUUGGAGGAUGGCUCUAUUCGAGUAAAUGGGAUUCAGUUCUUUGCUUGCGUCAUUGCUGCUGAGAAUCUUUUGCAGAGUCUAGGAUGUUCUCGCAUGAAAUAUUAACUACCAGUCAAACUCUUAAAACUUGGAAGAUCAAAGAUGUUGCGAUCAGCCAACUCCUCCCAAUCAAGACUCAAGAUACAUUUUCCAUAUGUUGCAAGUAAAAUGUAGCCCCUAUCCUUUGGCUGAAACAGAUACAGGAUGAUUAGCAGCCUAUAGACUGGCCAGCCUCUGCUGCAAAUAACUGAAUUUAGACAAAGACAAGCAUGACAGCGAGGGUUUAUCGAUUUGUUCACAAAGCAUCAUUUGGCUUUCUUAAUUCCAAAAUAGAACUUUAUGGAUUUUUAGGAACCAACUUGUUAUCCUUCUGAAAAUGGCAACUUGUUCUGCUGGUGUCACAGAACUGCAGAAACUUCAGAACAACAUUUAUUGAGUUGCAGGUCAUUUAUUAUUGCUA